CUCGUCUCGCUCAGCGGGUCCCCCCUCCCUCUCCGGUUCUGGGUUCAGGGUGAGCCGUUGAGCGGAGGGCCCGCGCGCCGCCCCGAGACUUGAGGGAGGGGGAAGGCCCAAAAACGGGAGAGGGGGAAAGUCACCCUUGGAGAAUAAGACGGAUAAGAGUUUGUGAGCCAAGCCGAGGCCGGGCCGGCGCUGCCUCGUGGGCGGUAGAAGUGGAGGGACGGCUCUCCUCCCCCCUCACGGAAAGCGCGACGCCGAAGCGAGGAGUUCCAUUUUAGCUGUGCAGAAUUCUUGUAAUGCAGAGAAUAGCAAAAAUGGCUCAGGCAGCUAUGGCAGCAGCAUCCAGCCACGACGAGGACUCCUCUGAAAGCCGAAUGGUUGUAACAUUCCUCAUGUCAGCCCUUGAGUCAAUGUGUAAAGAACUUGCCAAGUCUAAGGCAGAAGUUGCCUGUAUUGCCGUGUAUGAAACAGAUGUGUUUGUGGUAGGAACUGAGAGAGGAAGAGCUUUUGUCAAUACAAGGAAAGAUUUUCAGAAGGAUUUUGUGAAGUACUGUGUUAACGAAGAAGCAAAGGCUGCAGAGCUGCAAAAAAUGAAAUCGACCUCACUUGAUAACAGGAUGACGGUAGAUAUUGUGGAAAUGGAAGCCCUCAGGAAAUCUGUGGAGGACUACUUCUGCAUUUGUUAUGGAAAAGCUUUAGGAAAAUCAACAGUAGUUCCUGUACCGUACGAUAAGAUUCAGAGGGACCCCUCCGCUUUGAUGGUGCAUGGCCUCCCAGAAGGACUUGCCUUCAAGCAUCCGGGCAGCUACGAUGCCACCACACUGAAAUGGAUUCUGGAAAACAAAUCCGGGAUCUCAUUUAUCAUCAAAAGGCCUUUCCUUGAGCCAAAGAAGCAGCUUGGACCUCGCAUGGGAGACGCCUCCCACACAAUAACAUCCCCAGGUGGAAGUUGUCCUCCCAUCCAAGUGAAAACUGAACCCAGUGAAGAUUCUGGACUCGAAAUGGUAACAGUAAAGGAAGAAUCGGAGGAUCCAGACUAUUAUCAGUUUAACAUUCCAGCAGGUCCUUCAGAAACUUCGGCGAUUGAUGAGAAAAUCGCCAUGGCAAAGUCUUACACAGGGAGCAACCAGGGUUCCGAUUGCAGUGAAGGAACAGAUGUGGAAUUGCCAGUAGAAGAUUCUUCUCAACAUGCCACUUCUGAAACAAGUGAGGAUCCUGAAGUGGAAGUGACCAUUGAAGAUGAUGAUGACUAUUUACCACCCCAUAAGAAAACCAAGAGCAUAGAACCAGCACCUGAUACUACCAAUGCUGGAAGGAGAAAAGCCAGAGAGUUCAAUUUUGAGAAGUGGAAUGCCCGAAUUACAGACUUGAGAAAACAAGUUGAAGAGUUAUUUGAAAGAAAAUAUGCUGAAGCUAUUAAUGCAAAAGGCCCAGUUUCUAUACCAUAUCCACUCUUCCAGUCCCAUGUUGAAGAUUUGUAUGUGGAAGGGCUACCAGAAGGAAUUCCAUUCCGAAGGCCCUCUACUUAUGGGAUCCCUCGCCUCGAAAGGAUCCUACUGGCAAAGGAACGGAUACGAUUUGUGAUUAAGAAGCAUGAUUUGCUAAAUUCAACUCGAGAAGAUCUCCCAUUAGACAAACCUGUGGCAGGAGUAAAAGAAGAGUGGUAUGCCCGAAUCACUAAAUUAAGGAAGAUGGUAGAUCAGUUAUUCUGCCGAAAAUUUGCUGAGGCACUGGGGAGCACUGAACCGAAAGCUGUUCCUUAUCAGAAAUUUGAGGCGCACCCCACUCAUCUUUAUGUUGAGGGUCUACCAGAGAACAUUCCAUUUCGGAGUCCAUCCUGGUAUGGUAUUCCUCGGCUGGAGAAAAUCCUUCAAGUGGGCAACAGGAUAAAAUUUGUAAUAAAAAAGCCGGAACUGCUAACUGUCACUCCAUCCGACGUUGCUCAGCCAAGAACAAACAUGCCUGUCAAAGAAGAUUGGAAUGUCAGAAUCACAAAAUUGAGGAAGCAAGUAGAAGAAAUCUUUAAUUUGAAAUUUGGGCAAGCUUUGGGUCUUAAUGAAGCAGUGAAGGUUCCUUAUCCUGUCUUUGAGUCAAACCCUGAAAAUUUGUACGUUGAAGGUUUGCCUGAAGGCAUCCCUUUUCGAAGUCCCACAUGGUUUGGAAUCCCACGUCUGGAAAGGAUUGUCCGUGGAAGUGGAAAAAUCAAAUUUGUGGUGAAAAAGCCAGAACUCGUCACUUCUUACUUGCCUCCUGGAUUGGCUAGUAAGGUGAAUACUUCAGGAUCCCAGAGUCCAAAUAGCUCAAGUCCUGUAAGCAACUCCAAGGUUCCAGAGAUUGAAGUUACUGUCGAUGAAGGUCUUGCUACUAAGACGCAGACCCCCGAAGUCAGAACUAAUCCUCAAACCAAUGGAUCCAAUGUUGGUUUCAAGCCAAGAGGAAGAGAAUUUUCUUUUGAGGCCUGGAAUGCCAAGAUUACUGACUUGAAGCAAAAAGUUGAAAACCUUUUCAAUGAAAAAUGUGGGGAAGCUCUUGGCCUGACUGAGCCUGUGAAAGUCCCAUUUGCACUCUUUGAAUCUUACCCUGAAGAUUUCUAUGUCGAAGGCCUGCCUGAGGGCGUGCCAUUCCGGCGCCCAUCUACAUUUGGCAUUCCAAGAUUGGAAAAAAUCCUCAGAAACAAAGCUAAGAUAAAAUUUAUCAUUAAAAAGCCUGAAAUGUUCGAGGCAGCAGUUAAAGAAAACGCCACUGUUGUUCCAAGCCCUCAAAGAAGAACCAGUUUAUCUAAUACUGUGAUAAAUCCAGUCAGUGUGCCCGACCCAGUGGUGAACACAGCAGCUGGAGUGGAAGAUCUUAACAUCAUUCAAGUGACAAUACCAGAUGAUGACGAAAGAACCUCCAAAGUAGAGAAGGCUCGACAGCUGAGAGAGCAAGUGAAUGACCUCUUCAGUCGGAAGUUUGGGGAAGCCAUUGGUAUGGGAUACCCAGUGAAAGUCCCAUACCGAAAAAUCACUGUCAACCCUGGCUGCGUGGUGGUGGACGGAAUGCCCCCUGGCGUGUCAUUCAAAGCUCCCAGUUAUCUUGAAAUCAGUUCCAUGAGGAAAAUUUUGGAUUCAGCCGAGUUCAUCAAAUUUACUGUCAUUAGACCAUUCCCUGGACUUGUAAUGAAUAACCAAGUUACCGAGAAAGCUGAACCAGAAGCACCAGCUGCACCAGCCCCGGAACCAGCAGCGCAAGAGCCAGUUGAACCAGACCAAAUAGUAGAAGUAUCUGUGGAGGAUGAUUCGGUACAGACUGAAGAAAACACUCCAAUAAAACAGGAACCAGAUCCAACGUGGUAGACAGCAUCAGCAUUAGGUCAAAAGCAUCCAGAAUUGCGAAGAGUUUGCUGGGACGGCUCUGGGCUGUGUAAUAUAACUGUAUAAGAGAAGUACCUUCUAUAUACCCUCCCUCACUUCCCUCACUCCUGCCCUCCUUUUUUUAAUUUUAACUUUUAGAUAGAAAUGUCUACUUUGUUCAAAAGUCCCGGGAUUUUGACAUGAAGCAAUGAAAAUGUCUUCACAAUGGCUUACGUUAUUUUAAAGACCUGAUUGGAGGAACAGAUGCUGGACACAUGACUUAAUGAUUGUUAGUUUUUUGUUUUUUAAAUUAAAUGAAAUCAACAGUGAUUUACAUUUAAAAAAAUAAAGAAAACCUGCCUUUCUGAGUAAAACAGAAUUUUAUUGCCCCUAGAUACAUCUUGGCCUUGAUUGAAGAAGGAAAAAAACUAUGCCUGCUGUAGUUCAGAUUGUCAGGGGUUUGUUUUGUCUCCCCCCCCCCUCUGCUGGGGGGGGAGUUGAGAUGGGAGGUGGGAGGGGGUGGGAUUUGAAAUUAUUCACUGCAGUUUUCAUUCUCUUUCUCCUUUAAUGGCUAAUUGAAUAGUAUCUGUAUAUUUGAAAUAAUUUUUUCCUAUGAUAUAUAUCUCUCAACUCAUAUGUUUUUAAUAAAAGCUGGUUUUCCUGA